AUGUCAAAUACCGUGAGAGAAAUCGAGUCCAUCCCUGGUACUGUACAACCUCAUGUCGGUGAAACGCCCAUUCUUGACAAGGUUAAUUCUUCCCCUGCAAUCGCUGUACAAUCGUCGUCACCAGAAAAAAGCGUUUCGGAAGGAAGAGAUAUUCUGGCUAUGAAAUCCGCUUCACAACAAUCGCUUACUGUACCAGAAAAAACGAAUACAGUUCCAACUGUUUCUACUCCGUCGAUAGUCAGUAGCCCACCGAUCAUGCAAGAAACAUCAGUGCCUGUUCCUGCACCAGCCCCAACGACAGUACCUACAACAGAAUCAAUUCCACAAUCUGAAUCGUAUUCAUCGCUUCCAACUACUCCACAGAAUCCGUCACAACCUACACCUGCACCUUCACCUGCAUCUCAACCUCCUCCGCCAACAUUUCCAGCCGCUGUAGAAGUUCAUCGAAAUGACGAAACUAAUGAGCCAGCCAUUGUGCGUCAAGUAUCAACACAUUCGAUCGGCAUCCAACCAACCAUCUGGGAAUCCUAUAAAGCAUUGGGAGAUCAAUAUGCGAAACAAGAAGAAGCAGAUCAAGAAAGUUGCUCCAGUUCACUAGAAGCGCUCAUACAGAGUAGAUAUCCCGAAGCUUACGUCAAUGCUCCAAUCGAAACAGCGCCGCCACCAACAGGCAAACCACCGUCAGCAGACAAAACGCCACCGGAAAGCAAAAAAUCACCAGAUGAAAUUAAGUCACCAGAAGAGAAAGAGACCAUCAGAAGAGGCCGAACCACCUGA